AUGGAGGGCACCUCUGAAAAGAAACAUUGGGCCAAGGCGGCGGCAGAAGAGUCGCUCCCAUUUGACCCAUUUGACUCGUUUGACUCGGAGUCAUUUGAUCUGAACGCCAAGGAGCCAGAACCUGCCGCCUUGGCUGCCCGCCCUGCCCAUCCCGCUGCUCUGCAUGCUCUGUACUGGACGCACGCUUUCAACUGCUUCGGCGAGCAGUCGUGGCGCUUCGCCAGGGCGGCCAUGCUCUCGUUAUUGUUUCGCUCGUUACUGCCAGUGGCGGUGGCAAGCUUUGUCAGCCGGCUGGUGGUAUUCGCAGCAUGCCCCGCCAUAGGAGGCCUCAUGGACUCGGCUCCGAGAGUGGCAGCAGCACUCAUCUUUGGAUGGCUCAUUGCAGCCUGGGGCCCACUCGUCUGCGCCAAAGCAUGCCUCGCCCUCGUUGCACUCUCCCUCCCUGCCAUGCUUACCCUUCCUUCCGCGUGUGAGCUUACCGCACCCUGCCUGCAUGUCUUCAUGACUUCUCUCUCACUUUCCCUCCCUCCCUUCCUCUCCCCCUCCCUCCUUCCCACCUCCCACUCCCCCCAUCCCCUUCUCGCCCCCCUCACCCCUCCCCCUCUCGUCCCCCCCUUUCCCUCUCAUUCGCACACGCAUACCUCAGCAGUAGGAGCACCAGCAGAGGGGAUGGGAAGUCCAGAUGGGAUGGGAAUAUUAGUGGCAGGCGUGGCAGCAUCAGCAGUGGUGGACGCAGUGGGCUGGUUGAAACGGGUGGUUGAAGCAAUGGGGAAAGGGUUUCGAAGCUAUGUGAAACAGCUGGUGAUGCCUGCGAGUAUGGCGUAUGUGCUGCUGUGCUUGAAUGGUGUUCUCACACCUGGCGGACUCAUGACCUCCUACCUCACGCUCCAUGGCCGGCAGUGCGGCGCUGAUCUAUCAAGCGCUGUUGGUCUUCCUCUUGCUUCUCACCUUCUCGUCGAUCUCGUUCGCGCCGCCUUCUCUGCACCAAGGCCUGCUGCUGCUCUUCCUCCUCAUCAUAGUGAGUCUGCUACUAUCGAGGAACUCCUUACUGCAGUAUCUCCCAUCAUGCUAUACCUAUCGCGGCACUUCUUAUCGUGGUGA